AUGGAGUGGAUUGGGCCGGGGGUCUCUUGUCAGGCCCCCCCGUCUCCCCCAGGGAGCCCCAACAAGGAGGUGGAGGGAGCCCAUUUCUUGUACCAGACAAAGGCUGAGUGCCACUUCUUCAACGGGACGCAGCGGGUGCGCUACCUCUACAGGCAGUUCUACGACCGGCAGGAGUACGUCCGCUUCGACAGCGACGUCGGGAAGGACGUGGCCGUCACCGAGUUCGGGCAGCCGGAUGCCGACUAUUGGAACAGCCGCCAGGAGAUCCUGCAGCGCGCGAGGGCUGAAGUGGAUCGCUUCUGCCGGUACAACUACGAGGUGGCCAAGACGGGGCUUGUGGUUGGCCGGAGAA